UCUCUCUCUCUAUAUAUAUAUAAAUCGAUCAUACUCUGAUCUCCUACAAAACAUAACCAACCAGAUUGAUAAUUGAUUGUCCACAUUUCUCAUCAGCUUUCUACUCCAUUUCCUUUUCUUCAAUUCAUCACCCAUUUUAGUCUUAACCCUUGUAUAUAUCUUCACCUACAAUGUCUUCUCUCCUGCUUUGUCCUCCAUCCGUGCCAGGUCGCCAUCCUCACGCACCACAGGAACAUGCUUUGAUCAGGCCAGUGGACAGUCCGGAGCCUACCGAAGAAGACAAAGACAAGAAGAAGGCCGUUGAGGUUGAGAACAACAUAUUCGCGUCUUUGAGAAUUGGACCGGAGAUCAAAGACGACAAACAAGCCAGACGAAGCUUGUGUGACUGGUUGAAGUCGCAAAUCAUCGGUGACGAGGCAGAAUUUGAGUCACCAUUUGGACGUCGGCGCAUCACCUACUCGGACCACACGGCUUCAGGAAGGUUACUCCGAUUUGUUGAGGAUUUCCUAGGGAGAGAGGUUCUUCCAUUUUAUGGCAAUACUCACACAGUGGAUAGUUAUGUUGGCCUCCAUACCAGUGAGCUAGUUCAUCAGGCCUCUACAUACAUCAAGCAUUGCAUGGGUGCUGGGCCUCACGACGCUCUUUUAUUCUGUGGUUCCGGAACCACCGCCGCCGUUAAGCGGUUGCAGGAGGUGAUAGGCAUUGCCGUCCCAUCGGUCUUGCGCUCAAGGUUUGUAAACUGUCUACCAGACUCCGAGAGAUGGGUCAUUUUCACAGGCCCCUACGAGCACCACUCCAACCUGCUCUCCUGGCGCCAGAGCCUAGCUGAUGUCGUCGAGAUCGGAGUCGACGAAUCCGGACUUGCAGACAUUUCUUCCUUGGUGGAUGCACUCCAAUCUCCUCAAUAUUCAGCAAGGCCCAAACUUGGGUCUUUCUCCGCCUGCAGCAACGUCACCGGAAUAUAUGCCGAUACUCGGCAGCUUGCUCGGGUGCUGCACCAACAUGGCGCUUAUGCAUGCUUCGACUUCGCUUGCAGUGGGCCUUAUGUUGAUAUCCAAAUGCAAACGGGUGAAAUCGAUGGGUACGACGCUGUUUUCUUGAGCCCACACAAGUUCAUUGGAGGCCCAGGAAGCCCAGGUAUCCUGGUCAUGAGCAAGGAUCUCUACCAUCUCAAUGGCAACCCUCCUUCCACAAGCGGCGGUGGAACUGUACGCUAUGUCAACGGUUAUGAUGAUGAAGACACCCUCUACUCGGAGGACUUGGAAGAGCGAGAGGAUGCAGGUACACCAGGGAUCGUGCAGAAGAUACGUGCAGCGCUGGCAUUCCGUGUGAAGGAUUUCUUCAUGGGCCAUGGUGGGCUCAUUUGCUGUCAAGAGACCAUACUAAUAGAGAAAGCAUUUGAGAGGCUGUUAAAGAAUCCUAAUGUGCAUAUCCUCGGUAACAUGAGCGUGCAACGCCAACCAAUUGUUUCAUUCCUAAUCUACCCCAAUGUUGCACGUGGGAAACAUCUGCAUUGCCGAUUCGUCACCAAGCUCUUGAACGACGUCUUUGGGAUCCAAGCACGUGGGGGUUGUGCGUGUGCUGGACCAUACGGACAUGUGCUUCUUCAUAUCAGUAGGGAUCGAGCAGAGCUAAUCCGUUCCACCGUCGAGAAGGGAUAUGAGGGAGUAAAGCCGGGAUGGACAAGGGUCAGUUUCAGCUACUAUACGUCAACGGAAGAGAUGGAAUUUGUGGUGGAUGCAAUCGAGUUAGUUGCACUGUACGGUCACCGGUUCCUUCCAUUGUACCGGUUCGACUGGCGAACUGGAGAUUGGUGUUUUGAUAAAACAAACAAGACGUACGAGAACGUCAUUAAUAGAAUUUUUGAAAAAUCGGAUGGAAGUGCUUCUACAGAUAAGGAACGCUACAGAGAGUACAUGGCUGUAGCGAAGCAAGUUGGGAACGCCUUACCGGAGUUUCGGGGUGAACCCUAUCAGCCACCAAACAAUAUUGAUCCUCAGCUUGUGACAUUUAUGAUUUAGGUCCCUUUUGGCUAAGCUUUUGUUUAUGAACUUUGGGGACAGGAAACUUAUAAAAAGAAAGUGGUUUGA